CCCCAGUGCACAACCCUCUUUUCCUCCGCUUGCACCCUCGUAGCCGCCCCCACCUCCAUCCCCACGGGCUCCCAGUCUCCAGCUGCCGCCGCAGUUGAGUUCUGAGCUCGCUGCUGGGCCCCAGGAGGGCGUGGGGCAGGUGUCCAGGCUGCGCACAGCCUUCGCUGCCGGUGCCACCGCCAGUGCGCCAGGCACACGCGCUCCCCGCAACCCCUCCCUCACCCCUUCCCGAUGCUCAAUCUCCGCCGGCCACGGCCGCUACAUCCUCAGCGAGCGGCGAGAGAGAGGCUGCAAGGCGCGGCCGCCAGCAGACACCAUGUGAUGGGUACGGCUCAGUGACACACAGCUGCGAUUAAAGAGCCGGCGCGGGAGGGGAGGCGACGGCGCGCGGACGCGGAGGAAUGGCCUGACUUUCCCCGAUAAACCAUCACGAGCCAUGGAUGCGCAAGGGCGACGCGCCCGCGAGUAGGAGAAUGACUACGAUUCGAGACCCUCAGCGCCCAAGCGUGUGGAUAUAUUUAUUGAGUGUCUACUGUAUGCCAGGCGCUGUAUCUAUGUGCAUAGAAAAUCCUGGAAGUUCAUACUCCAAUAUAUAUACAGUGGUCAUCUCUGACUGCUGAGAGAACAGGAGUGUCAAGCUGAUAUUUUUGCUGCUAUCCACUUGUAAAUACACUCAGAACAGGAGAAUUUGGGCUAAUUUUUUGACUACAGGUACUUUCUAAACAUGAUGCAUUUCAAAAGUGGACUCGAAUUAACCGAGUUGCAAAACAUGACGGUGCCCGAAGACGAUAACAUUAGCAAUGAUUCCAAUGAUUUCACUGAAGUAGAAAAUGGUCAAAUAAAUAGCAAGUUUAUUUCUGACCGUGAAAGCAGAAGAAGUCUCACUAACAGCCAUUUGGAAAAAAAGAAAUGUGAUGAAUAUAUUCCAGGAACAACCUCCUUAGGCAUGUCUGUUUUUAACCUAAGCAACGCCAUCAUGGGCAGUGGGAUUUUGGGACUCGCCUUUGCCCUGGCGAACACUGGCAUCCUGCUUUUUCUGGUCCUUUUGACUUCAGUAACACUGCUGUCUAUCUAUUCAAUAAACCUCCUGUUGGUCUGUUCCAAGGAAACAGGCUGCAUGGUUUAUGAAAAGCUGGGAGAACAGGUCUUUGGCACCACAGGGAAGCUUGUCAUCUUUGGAGCGACCUCUCUACAGAACACUGGAGCAAUGCUCAGUUACCUCUUCAUAGUCAAAAAUGAACUACCCUCCGCCAUAAAGUUUCUAAUGGGAAAGGAAGAGACAUUUUCAGCCUGGUAUGUGGAUGGCCGUGUCCUGGUGGUGGUAGUUACCUUUGGCAUAAUUCUCCCUCUGUGUCUCUUGAAGAACUUAGGGUAUCUUGGCUAUACUAGUGGAUUUUCCCUGAGCUGUAUGGUUUUUUUCCUAAUAGUGGUUAUCUACAAGAAAUUUCAAAUGCCCUGCGUUGUUCCAGAGCUAAAUUCAACAAGCGCUAAUUCAACAAAUGCUGACAUGUGUACUCCAAAAUAUGUUACCUUCAAUUCAAAGACCGUGUAUGCUUUACCAACUAUUGCAUUUGCAUUUGUCUGCCACCCGUCAAUCCUGCCAAUUUACAGUGAGCUUAAAGAUCGAUCACAGAAAAAGAUGCAGAUGGUUUCAAAUAUCUCCUUUUUCGCCAUGUUCGUUAUGUACUUCUUGACAGCCAUUUUUGGCUACUUGACAUUCUAUGAAAAUGUGCAGUCAGACCUCCUUCACAAGUACCAGAGCAAAGAUGACAUUCUCAUCCUGACAGUGCGGCUGGCUGUCAUUGUUGCUGUCAUCCUCACCGUGCCGGUGUUAUUUUUCACGGUUCGUUCCUCUUUAUUUGAACUGGCUAAGAAAACAAAGUUUAAUUUAUGUCGUCACGUCUUGGUGACCUGCCUACUCUUGGUUAUUAUCAACUUGUUGGUGAUCUUCAUACCCUCCAUGAAGGAUAUAUUUGGAGUCGUAGGAGUUACAUCUGCUAAUAUGCUUAUUUUCAUUCUUCCUUCAUCUCUUUAUUUAAAAAUCACAAGCCAGGAUGGAGAUAAAGGAACUCAAAGAAUUUGGGCUGCCCUGUUCUUGGGUCUGGGGGUGUUGUUUUCCCUGGUCAGCAUUCCCUUGGUCAUCUACGACUGGGCCUGCUCAUCGAAUAGUGACGAAGGCCACUGAGACCAGCCGAGAAAAGGAAGGAUUCCGGUCUGCUGCUCAGUCAAGUCACCACACGUCAGCAACCCCUCAUCACUUCUUUUGCAAGUUUACAGAAGCAAACAGAAAUUUAAAAGAUACACAAUGGAAUAACACUUUGGUAGGAAAACAGAGACCUGUUUCUAUAAUCGUUCAUGUCCUUCAGAUUUGGGAUCCAUUUAAGGAUUAUGGAUUUUUUUUUUUUUCAAAUUUCAUGCAAUCAUAUUUCCUAAUGUUUUUCACAAUCAGUUCUUUUUCACUCUCCUAACUCUGUUUUUCGUGACUUCAUGGUCUCUUAGAACUUUGAACACAUGGUCGUCAAUCAUGUUUAUUUAUUAUAUAUCCAGAUUCGGAAAUAAUUUUCCUACUGAUGUUCAGCUCACACUAUCUGUACUUUUUAGAAGAGAAAAGAGUCUUGAAUUGUAUAUAUUUAUUUUGCUUUAUAGAAAAAAGAAUGGUUUCGUAAAUAAGUUGCCUAUUUUGGUUAACAUAGCACACAGGGAUAAUCAUAUGAGAGUCACAGGGCGUGUGUCAUUGCUGGAUCAGAGUAUGCCCAAUAUUUGAGGCAGCUCUCAUCACCUGGCAGCCGAGCUUCGGCCGUCCAGUGGCCUCGCUCAUACUACAUCCUGCUCCACGCAGAGACAUUCUCUGGCGAGCGCUCUCAGCUGAGAAAGGGGUGGAAUGAUUCUUACCUUGGUAAAUAUGCUAAACUACACAUUUGGGUAAUCUAGCAAGUGAAAUUUUGUUUCCCUCUUGGCAACUUGUGUCAAAGUUACUCUAAUCUGAAUCAACUUCUACCAGGGGAGACCUAUGACACCUUUGUAAUAAAUGGAGAAGCAAGAGUACAGCAAAAAUGCCUAAGACAGUGUUCCUCUGAUUCAGAGAGCCUUCAGGCCUACACCUGUGUUGUUGAAGGGGGAAAAACAUUUUAUCAAAUUAUGAACUCAGUAGCUUUUACUCAUGUCCACCAGCUUUUUGCACAGAGAAUAAUGUGUAUCUAACCAAGGAUGAUCUAAGAUAAGUAAUUCCUGUUUUAUAUUGGGUACUAUAAGGGAGUCUUUAAAAGACUUGUUUUAUAUCUAUAAAUUUAGGUUAUUACAAAUACGAGAUUUUUGUACGUUAAAUAAGCCUCAUUCCUAUUUCUUCUCCAUUAAAAAUCCAUCCAGAGUCUUGGGAAAAAAAGAAAAAGAAAAGGAACCUCAGAGAUGGUCUUUGAGAAGGAUUUGUGAUGAAAUCGCUGUGUACCUUUCUUCCCCCAGAUAGGGACUUUGGUGGCUGUGCUGUUUCCUCUUCUCGUCCCUAACGCAGGCAUGGGUCAUUGUUGCCCACCUGAUGUGACCCACAUGGGAGGACAGAGCUGCCUCGCAGCCCCUCUCCUAAAGGGGGUGGAAGGAAACCACACAGAGACCGAAAAAGAAGAGAGUUUGGGACCAGGUAGCUUAGAAAAGAAUGGGGGACAGUAAAGAAACCCAGAACCGUCUCCCCACUAAGCUGGGCCAUCGCCUGUGUUUGGAUUGUCCGUAUCCCACAGUAGGAAAUGUGUGUGCUUCGUGAGCUGGUCUCUUGAAACAGGCCUUCUGUUUCAUCUGCAUCCUGGUUGAAUUUCUCAAACACGUAAGUUCACCGAGCACAGCUUUCUUAUCCAGAGAUAAGCAGAAUCUAACCGCAGACUCUUGGCAGAGUUUCCAGGCACUUAGCUCUGGGUUCUGUUCCUCCUCCAUUCAAAUCCCCCAAAGACCUCCACACUCACUGGGAGUCACACGGAACUGUCCCCUCCCCUUUACAGACUAAUGUCCCAUAGAAAAGGUAGGCAAUGGAGCAUCUUGUCAUGAUCCUCUUGGGGGAGAAGGAAAGGUUGUUUCCUGCAUUUCUUGGUAGGAUCAUCAUAGCUUUUAAUGUAAUGCUCCAGAAUUGCAUCCACGUUAGGUCGGAGUUCAGGGAUUUAAAGAUAAAUACCUACCUAUAUGUGAGGACCUAACCUAGGAGAAUCCACUGCCAUCUCCAUCCUUCUCAGCAGCGUCUUCUAUAUUAGAUGAGCAGGGAGAGAAACUGAGCAGAACAAGUUGGUUGGCCCUUAGGGGCUUGUCUAGAGCACCACGUAAUGAAAGAGUCAGGUGGUGGGAUGACCGUUUCUUAAAAAAAAAAUGUGAAAAUUUAUUUUGCAAUCUAUAUUAUGCUACUUUCUAUUUUCCUCAUUAAUUUAUAACAAUCCACUUUACACUCACAAAGUCAAUUUAGAAAAUUGUCGUUAACUCUUGGGAUGUGUAGUGAUAUUUUUGGAUCUCUAGAUUUUAUACAUCAGUGCAAGGAAUUUUUAUUAUUUGAGAUAUAUUUAGAGGAGGAGGUACAUCGUUGUUGAUGUCUGUGAUACCACGGGUUUUUAAGAUCUUUGUAUGUUUAUCUAAGUUUAUUGUUGACUGAAUACAACAGACCCUACCAUAAUUUGUUGAGUAUCACUGAUUAAUGACGUCAUCUGUGUGGGAUUAGCUGUCAAGUGUACUGCUCUUAUUCUUGUUCAGAAUAGUGAACUGGUAGCCAAAAGUACAUGUAUCACAGAUGUUAGGGAAACCAGUCAAGUGCUAGAGAAGUUUUUCUGCUAAAUUAGUAGAUUAAAGACUAUUCGACCUUAGCCACUGGGAGCAGCACGUUUUCCUUUGGUAAAUAGGAUCUCGGCACUAGUGAACGGUGCCAGUUCAGACUUGGGAUUUAGAACUGUUCUCUAGUUACUAUAACACAGAAUACCAUAAAUCCCUGAUUUCUUCAGUGUUACUUUUUGGAAAUGGGGGCAGUUAAGUGUGUCUAGGAAAGAAAUCUUGCCUUGUGAAGCACAGGCUGUCCCCGAUUUAUAAGCAGGUUGUAUUGCAAAAUUCCGUCAGUUGGUUGUUGGCAACCUGGAAUGUAUUUUCCUUUAGAAACCAGGUUAUACAUGGUGGGUAGGCCCCCAGACCAGCUAGAAAAGAUGACCAAACCUAUAGUUUAUCUGAAAUAGGAUAAUAUAACAAGAUUGGCAAAGAACCUAACCAUGAAAUAUAACAUUGUUUCUGGGGGAUAUUUGUUUAGAGUUGCCAAGAAUAUGUCACUCCUGUUGUGGAAUCUGGACUGCCCACCCAGCCACACACCACCUGCUGGAUGGUGGGGGUAGGGCGGCCACCAGUUAAAGGUGACCAGAGUAGCCUGAUGCAGGGUCUCCAGUAAAGGAGGGGAGGAAAUAGUUGAGGACCAGCAGAGAACCUGGUGGUAGAAGGAGGUGAGGGGAGAUGAGGGGGCCUCUUGUGGGUUAUAAACCACCAGGGACGUGCCUCAGCUGGUACCCUUUCUUAUCUCUGGAAAUCUCAGGCUUGGCCUGCCUGCUUCUAUUUGCAGGACCUUUUGCUCCUAUAAGUUUAUCUCCUUCCCUGACUGCUACAGAGGAGGAGGUUGCUGCACAGCUUCUCCCAUAUGCCAGUCCUUGAAGCCAGCACACAGCACUUUGAAUGGGUUUAGUGCUAGUAAACCUUGGUUUACCUGCCCAGUCAUCAGAUGGGGGUAACGAAGCUCUCUACCCACUUUCCUCUUUGACAUUUGCAGACCCUGCUGAGAAAGGCGCACAUGGGUGAUGGUCAUGGGGCUUGGGGUAGACAAAGGACUGCGGUGGGAUUCCUCAGUAUCUCAGAGGACACCUCAGUUACCCCAGCACUGACUUCUUUCUAGUGUUGGUCUCAAGCCCGUAAGCCAGUGGUUCUCAAAGUGUGGUCCCCAGAUCAGCAGCAUUUGGGAACUUGUUGGAAGGCCAGUUCUCAGACCCCACCCCAGACCUAGUAAAAUCAGAAAGUCUCGAGUGGGGGCCCUGCCAACUGUGUUUUAACAAGUCCUCCAGCUGAUCAUGGCACAUCAAGUUUGAGAACCACUCUCAGCCAAUUAGUCUCUCCUUUUCCCCCCUAGUCCUACCUCAGAGGAUGGUUCCUAGGACCCAUGAGGCAGGAAAUGGGAACCAGGAACCGGGCAGGGGAGGAAAGGGCCUCGCAGCAGGAGCGCCUCUGCUGGAGAUGCUGGUGCAGCUGCACAAUUGUACACGAAGGCUGCCUGCACUCGGGCGGAACUGUGGGCUCAGGCACAAUGAGGUUACUUUUUUUUUAAAACUGAAGAAAUGACAGUGAGGUUUUGUGUUUGUUUGUUUUUUGAGGGGAAUUAAAAGAAAACACCCUUUGUAAAUGCAACCUUACAGGAAAUGCUGAAUUCGUGUCAGGAGUCAGUUCUCCAGAAUGUUUGUGGUUAUUGUUUGGUGAUCAAUCCUGUUCUCCUUUUAAAGGGAAUUCUCUACGGAGAGGUCUGCACGCUUAAGGAGCUCCAAACUGCUCUGAAAAGAAUGUCGCGCUCAGUUCCAUGUCAGUAGAUCAGAAUGCGGUGCUGGGCGGCACAUUCUUUAGGUGGGGUGAGGAGGAGGUCAGUGGCAUGAUCAAAUUUAAUUUUAUGUCUUAGAGUAAAAGCUAUUAGUUUCCCUUAGUUUAUCAGUGUAAAUGGCUUGAGGCUUACAAAGGGUGUAAACAUUAACAUAAUUCCUCCAUUCCAGUCCACAGGAAACUUCUAGCCACUUCCAAAACACAGACUAUAUCAUUUAGCAAUGCUAAUCAAUGGUUUUCCUGAGGAAUGGCAAAUCUGAGAGUCCUUUAACAGAAAAUACUUCCUCUAAAAUACACACAGUGAAUUAUUCAUAAUGAUAUAAAGCUUUUAGGUACAAAUUGGGGGUGGGGUGACUAAUAAUGGAAAAAUAUCACUAAAUCUAAAAGAGAAAGUUCCUGAAAAACAUAAAUUUCACAAAGCUCAGACAUUCUCCUUCAAGAUUUUCUUGGAGGAAGGGCUGCGGAACCGGGCCCAUCUGUACAGCCUUGAAUUUGUGUUUUUAAAAGGAAGAAUCUAUGCAGCUGAGGCUUAUUGUAGGAAAUACUUCAUUUGUAUGUAAAUAUAUUGUAAAUAAAUAGGAGGCUGUAUAUUUUUGCAGUUGUUUAUCCACACUGAAAUAGAAAUCUCUAGUAUCUGCAUAUUGAGAAUAAAUGUUUUCAUAGAUAUUAGUGGUUUUGUUUGGGAAUUUGAAAAAUUUACAUUCUCUCCCAGGUAACAUAGUUCUCAAUGUAAACUUGGAACCUAAAAAUCCUAAUUGUUUAGAAAGAGAAAUGUCUGAGAUAUAGUUGCAUUGAUUUCUUAUUCUGGUAGUAAGAUCCAUUAUUUACAAGAUAGUUCUCUGAGCUACAAAUAAGGAAUAUUUAGACCCAAAUUAUUGUCAUAUAGAAAUAGAUAUAUCCAAAAUGAUGAAUUGUUUCUUCAGAAUGCUCUUUCAUUGUUAACACUGAGACCGCUCACAGUAUUUAUGAAAACAGAAGUUGGGGAGGAGAAUUUUUUGUUUUUUCAAAAUUGAAUUGCUGCAUUUCCCAAACUUUGGGAUCUUUGAAAGGGGGAAAAAACCUGAACAUUAACUAUGAGCACAUAUUUGAGAGGAAAAAGAAGAACUAUUAUUUUAAGAUUUUGAAAAUCUUGCAUGUCUGCCUUUUAUUUUCAGUGUUGACGCCAACAUGGACUGUCUUAAGUAAUUUUUUCCCCAAACACUUGAAUCUUGAAAAUCUUGGUACGUAAUCCACCCUCUAGAGUCCCGUGUAUUUUAGAUUUCAUCUGAGUCCAGUAUGUAUAGCAUACCACUGUUUUAUUCAUGUAAAAACCUUGUACAUGAAUUUCAGAUGGGUGAUUUAACUGAGUCACAAGUCACCGAACUUUGCUAUUCAUAGUUAAUCAAAUGGGUUUUUUUUCAGGAUGUGAUGUAAAUAAAGAAAUGUAAGACGUCCUGUUCUCUAACUGCUCUGUUAACAUAGUUUUUAAACAUUAAAAAUGUGAACUCAGUA